CAUUAGUGGACUGUGGUUAUUUUUUAUCUUUUCCAAAUAAAGUAAAUUGGGUAAAGGUAUUAUAUUUAUAAGGUAUUUCGGAUUUAGUUUUAAGUGAAAAUGAAUAAUAACGCACCACAGUUUUCUUUAAGGUGGAAUAAUUAUGUUACUCACGUAACGGAGGCAUUUAAUGCGCUGAGGUUUGAAAAUGACUUAGUAGACGUGACCCUAUGUUGUGAUGGUGGCAAAAUAAGAGCUCACAAAAUGUUACUAUCAGCAUGCAGUAGUUAUUUUAGACAAAUUUUUAAAGAAAACCCCUGCCAGCAUCCUGUUAUUAUAUUUAGAAACUUCAAGUUUGAGGAUCUCAAUGCAAUUAUCAAUUUUAUGUAUCACGGUGAGGUGAACAUAUUCCAGGAGCAAUUGGAAUCUUUUCUGAUUACUGCAGAGCUUUUGGAGGUUAAGGGAUUGACUGACAACGCAGAGGAUGAAUCGUCAAACAGCCAGUUACGAAUCACUGACAAUAAUUCAUUAGACUUAAGUUCUAAAUCAAAUAGAGUCAAUGACUUACCUGUGCCCGUCCUUGCUGAGGAACCUGUAAAUUUAACAACCCUACCUUGGAGUAGAGGUGAAAGCAUUCCACAAUCCAACUCAGUAGCUUCCCAAGAUAAUGAGAGUGAUGCACAGGAGACCAAGCCUGAGACAUCCAAAAUAGAUAAUGGUACAACAAAUCCAAACCCAAGCACAUCUACAAGUGAAGAAAUGCAAAUUGAUACACAAUCUACAUCAGUAGAAGAUUUAUCUGAUAAAAGUAAUUCAGAAUCAGACCUGGCCAAGUUUCGAUGUCAGUUGUGUCCCAAAGGAUUUAAACAUCCUACUUCAUUAACAUUGCAUAAAGACUCACAUGCAGGUAAAACACAGUGUCCAGUAUGCCACCGGUCAUUUUCACGUUCCUAUGAUAUGAGAAGCCACCUACAGAGAAUUCAUCAGGGGAAGCAAUUAACUAUAAAAGAGAUUAGAUAUAAGAACAACAGUGAUACCAGUGGACCUAAGCAAUUCACUCACAAUAUCUAGUAUAAAAUGUUGGUAACAAAUGUUACCAUUAGAUAGAGCACCAAGUGCAAAAUAUUUUUUUUGUUUGAGUAAAAGCUUUAUACUGUCAAAAUUUAUGAUCUAAAUCAAUUGUAUAUAAUAUAGUAGGAAUAAAUAAAAUUAAGAAAAUAGUGAAAAUAUGAUACAAAGUGAUACAAGAAGAUUUAUUUACUGUGUGUUGCUAAAUUAUCAACUCUGUUAAAUUGAUAAUUUAUAUGUAUUAUGUCACAGUAGAAGACCAAUUUGUCUUUCUUGAUUUGAGAUGUAAAGAAAGUGGUCUUGCAGCAUGGAAAACAUUGUAGAUAUCAAUCCCAGUAAUAUAUAUCUGUGCUUCAGUUGACUAUAUAGUUAUUGUACAAUAAUUAUAUGGCCCACAGUGGUUCCCACUAAAUUUACGAAGAAGAUGAAAGGAAGGUGCAGACAGCAUUAAAAGAGCAUUCAAGAGCAUGCAAGAGAUCCACCUUUCCUAUAUUCAGCAAAGAUUUCAAUUCAAAUGGAAAAAUGGUGCUAAAAUACAAUUUGUGCAAAGCACAUUCGGAAUUUCUUUAUUCAGCUUCAGAAAAUCCUAAGACAGUGAAUGUUCAUAAUGUAUUCAUAGUUAUCCAAAUUCCUACUUAUAAAAAAAAAUGUUUUGUUUACAUUGUUUUACUAUUAUAAGAGCUGUUAUUAAACUGUUUUAGCAUAUUAUUCUAUUAAAUGUAAAAAUAUAAAAAUUGUAUGCAUAUUUACAAUAUACUUUUCAAAAGUCACAA